AUGGAAGAUGGAGCGCAGAUGCGAGUGGUGGCAUUCGGGGAUCAGACAUAUGACUGCAGUGAGGCAGUCUCACAGCUCUUAAGGGUCCGCGACGAUGCCAUAGUCGUCGACUUCCUCGAACGGGCAACAGCCGUUUUGAAGGCAGAGUUGGCCAGGCUAAGCAGCGAGCAACAAGAAGAGACGCCACGAUUCGCCACGCUCGCUGAACUUGUGCCACGCUACCGAGCUGGCACUUUAAAUCCAGCAGUGUCGCAGGCAUUGACAUGCAUCACCCAGCUGGGGCUUUUCAUCCGACAACACAGCAGCGGACAGGAAGCCUACCCCACAGCAAACGAUAGUUGCAUUACUGGCGUCUGCACCGGAGCGCUGACCGCCGUCGCUGUCGGCUCUGCUUCGAGUGUGACCGCUUUGGUGCCGCUCGCAUUGCACACUGUUGCCGUCGCCGUGCGAUUGGGUGCUCGAGCCUGGGAGAUUGGCAGCUGCCUUGCCGAUGCCAGGAGAGGUGCGAAUGGCCGGUAUGCUUCUUGGACAUCGGCGGUGGGCGGUAUCAGUCCCCAAGACCUUCAGGAUCGAAUUUCAGCAUACAUGACCGAGCAGGCUCUUGCAUCCGUGUCCGUUCCAUAUCUCUCGGCAGCGGUCGGCCCGGGCCAAUCAAGCGUGUCGGCUGCUCCCGUCAUCCUCGACGCGUUCCUCAGCACACUUCUCCGACCGCUGACAACAACGCGACUUCCCAUUACCGCUCCGUAUCACGCACCUCACCUCUUCACUGCGAAAGAUGUGCAGCAUGUCACGGACUGUCUGCCUCCCAGCGACGCAUGGCCGACAGUGCGCAUCCCCAUCAUCAGCUUCUCCCGCGAUGAGGCGGUGUCGCGUGGUGCAAGCUUCCCGGCCGCCAUGAGUGAGGCCGUGCGAGACUGCUUGAUCCGCCCCAUUGCCCUCGACCGCAUGGCAGUGAGCAUUGCCAAUCAUGCUCGAGAUCUCGGCAAAGACUCUGUGCUUCCGUCACCCAUCGCUCUGUCGUUCAGCGACAAGCUGGGUCCACAAGUGAACAGCCAUCUGCCAGGCACGAAAGCACCGACGCCUGAGCUGACGUCCACAUCGUCUAUCCCAUCUGCUAUAGGAGCGGAACAGCAGCCGAUGGCAAAAUCCCCCAUUGCUAUCCUUGCUGCCUCUGGUCGUUUCCCACAAUCUUCAUCCAUGGACCAGUUCUGGGAUGUACUUAUUAACGGCGUCGACACGCACGAACUUGUACCUCCAACCCGUUGGAAUGCAGCUACUCAUGUCUCCGAAGAUCCUAAAGCAAAGAAUGUGUCUGGCACAGGUUUCGGUUGCUGGCUCCACGAAGCCGGUGAAUUUGAUGCCGCCUAUUUUAACAUGAGUCCGCGUGAAGCGCCGCAGGUUGAUCCAGCACAGCGUCUUGCGCUCUUGACUGCCACCGAAGUCCUCGAGCAGGCCGGCAUUGUCCCGAACCGAACGUCGUCAACUCAGAAAAACCGAGUUGGUGUAUGGUACGGCGCAACCAGCAAUGAUUGGAUGGAGACCAACAGCGCUCAAAACGUUGAUACGUACUUCAUUCCCGGUGGCAAUCGCGCAUUCAUCCCAGGAAGAGUGAACUACUUCCACAAGUUUAGUGGCCCAUCUUACACGAUCGAUACAGCCUGCAGCUCCAGUUUGGCAGCAUUGCACAUGGCGUGCAACGCACUUUGGCGAGGCGAAGUCGAUACAGCCAUCGUAGGUGGGACCAACGUCCUCACGAAUCCAGACAUGACGGCGGGACUCGACGCGGGUCACUUCUUGUCAAGGUCUGGAAAUUGUAAGACGUUCGACGACGAAGCCGAUGGCUAUUGCAGAGGUGAGGCAGUGGUGACCCUCAUUCUCAAACGGCUGCCAGACGCGCAAGCGGACAAAGAUCCAAUUCAGGCUUCAAUUCUGGGAAUUGCCACUAAUCACUCAGCCGAGGCCGCCUCUAUCACUAGGCCUCAUGCCGGAGCGCAGCAAGACUUGUUCCAACAAGUUCUCACGGAGACAGGUCUUACCGCGAACGACAUUAGUGUGUGCGAGAUGCAUGGUACUGGCACCCAGGCUGGAGACAGUGGUGAAACAACGUCCGUCGUGGAGACCCUAGCGCCUUUGAACCGAUCCGGCUCUGCUGUGCGAACAACACCUCUCUACAUUGGCGCAGUCAAGUCCAAUGUGGGUCAUGCUGAGUCCGCAGCUGGGGUCAGCAGUCUGGCCAAGAUCUUGCUUAUGCUCAAGCAUUCCAAGAUCCCUCCUCAUGUGGGCAUCAAAACGAAGCUGAAUCACCGGCUACCAGACCUAGCUGCACGAAAUACACACAUAGCGCGGACUGAGGUACCUUGGCCUCGGCCAAAGAAUGGCAAGCGUCGUGUUCUGCUCAAUAACUUCUCGGCCGCUGGAGGUAACACGUGCCUUGUGCUUGAGGAUGCGCCCGAGCCCGAGGACUCUCAAGAAGUCGACCCUAGAGAACAUCACAUCGUUGCACUCUCUGCUAAAACACCUGAUUCAAUGGUGAACAACCUCACGAACAUGAUAACCUGGAUCGACAAGCACUCUGGAGACAGCAUCGCCACCUUGCCUCAACUGUCUUACACGACAACUGCACGAAGAGUGCACCAUAGACACAGAGCCGUAGCUACCGGCACUGAUCUGCUGCAAAUCCGUUCGUCGCUUCAAGAACAGCUUGACCGCCGGGUGUCCGGCGAGAGAAGUAUCCCUCACCCGCCCAAUGGACCUAGCUUUGUCCUUGCUUUCACUGGCCAAGGCUCGGCGUUCGAAGGUAUGGGUGUAGAUCUCUACAAACGUUUCGCCUCAUUUCGGUCAGACAUUGCCCGCUAUGAUCAGAUCUGCGAGGGUAUGAGCCUGCCCUCGAUCAAAGCUAUGUUCGAGGACGAGAAAGUGUUCUCCACAGCUUCACCAACUUUGCAGCAGCUCACGCAUGUCUGUUUUCAGAUGGCCCUGUACAGACUAUGGAAGUCCCUCGGCGUACAAGCGAAGGCGGUAGUUGGCCACAGUUUGGGCGAGUAUGCUGCACUCUACGCCGCUGGAGUGCUAUCGCAAUCCGAUACGCUCUACCUGGUGGGGCGGCGUGCACAGCUGAUGGAGAAACAUCUUUCGCAAGGCACACAUGCAAUGCUGGCCGUCCGUGCGAAAGAAGAAGCCAUUGUCGCAGCGAUUGACGGGCCUCCAGGAGAGGCAUACGAGUUCUCUUGCCGCAAUGGCGAACAGCGAAACGUUCUCGGAGGCACCGUUGCUCAAAUCCAGGCGGCGAAAGCCGCGCUUGAGGCUAAGAAGAUUCGAUGCCAGUACUUGGACACCCCGAUGGCAUUCCACACUGGCCAAGUUGAUCCGAUUCUGCCCGAGCUCUUGCAGGUCGCUGCAGCAUGCUCCAUCCAGGAUCCCCAAAUUCCUGUCAUCUCCCCAGCAUAUGGCAAAGUGAUCAGGUCUGCCAAGGACUUCCAACCAGAGUACUUCACCCAUCACUGCCGCAGUUCUGUCAACAUGGUCGAUGCUCUCCAAAGUGCAGUCGAAGAAGGCUUACUUGACAAGAACAUUAUUGGCCUCGAGAUUGGCCCUGGCCCGGUCGUCACGCAGUUCGUCAAGGAAGCUGUGGGCACAACCAUGCAGACCUUUGCGUCCAUCAAUAAAGACAAAGACACAUGGCAGCUCAUAACGCAAGCGCUAGCUAAGUUCUAUCUUGCAGGUGCCAGUAUCGAGUGGUCGCGCUAUCACGAAGACUUCCCUGGAGCUCAGAAAGUCCUUGAGCUCCCGGCUUAUGGCUGGACCUUGAAAAACUACUGGCUGCAAUAUGUCAACGACUGGUCUCUGAGGAAGGGCGAUCCAGCCGUGGUUGUUGCCGCGUCAAAUUUGGAACUCUCUUCGUCGAUACACAAGGUCAUAACAAACACAAUCACCGCCAACAGCGACGGCGAGCUUGUCGUGGACGCAGACCUCAGUCGAGAGGACCUGCAUCCCAUGGUUCAGGGGCAUCAGGUCUACGGUGUUCCACUGUGCACACCUUCCGUGUACGCGGACAUCGCUCUGACACUCGGCGAGUAUAUUCGACAGGUCAUCAAGCCAGGCGAGGUUGCACAGACAUCCGUUGAAGUAGCAGAGAUGAACAUUCAAAGCGCACUGGUGGCUAACAACACGGGCAGAGUGCAACUCCUUCGCACGUAUGCCAAGUUUGACCCCAAGGCCCAGGUAGCGUCAUGCACGUUCUCUAGUAUCAAGGAGGACGGCAGUAGCGUAGUCGAGCAGCAUGCUAAUUGCAAGAUCCGGUUCGGCAGUCUCGAGAAGGAGAAGACCGCGCUCGAGAGUGCUGCACUAGCUGCCCAAGCCAGAAUGGCCGCUCUGAAAACACAAGUUGGCCAGGAUGACAACACAUACCGCUUCAGCAAAGGCAUGAUUUACAAGAUGAUCGGCCAAUUAGCUGACUUCGACGAGAAGUACCGCGGGCUCUGCGCGAUCACACUCGACAACGACGCCAUGGAAGCCUCGGGCAAAGUAUCAUUCAAGGGCAUUCCAAACGAGGGCAAAUUCCACUCUAGCCCGGCUUAUCUCGACGCGUUGUCGCAACUUGGCGGAUUCGUCAUGAACGCGAACGAGGGUGUGGAUCUUGAGAAAGAAGUCUUUGUCAAUCACGGCUGGGGUUCCAUGCGCUUCUUCGCCGCUCUGGAUCCAGCAAUGACUUACUACACUCAUGUGAAGAUGACCCAAGGCAAAGACAAAUUGUGGACUGGCGAUGUCUUGAUCUUCGACGACAAGCAAGCAUUGAUCGGCAUUGUUGGGGGAGUGGCGUUGCAGGGCGUGCCCAAGCGACUUAUGCAUUACAUUGUUACAGCUGCCAACAAGAAAGCUUCCGGCCCGCCGACAGAGAAGAAGGGCUCUAGCCCGCCAGUCGAAAAGAAAGCCAGCGCGCCAGUCGCGCCCACGAGGCCAGCGAUCCAGCGUAAGAAUGCUUCGAUUCCUCCACCUGCAACCCAAGUGACUCCGCAAAACAAGACCAUCAAGACGCCAAGUGUGUCGGCACUGAUAGCCCCGGCCCUCGAGAUUGUUAGCGAGGAGAUCGGGAUGCCAAUCGACGAGCUCAAGGAUGAUAUCGACUUCACCGAUGCUGGUCUUGACAGUCUGCUCUCCUUGGUAAUUAGCAGUCGCAUGCGGGACCAGCUGGGCAUCGAAUUCGAGUCCGCGCAGUUCAUGGAGAUUGGAUCUAUCGGUGGACUCAAGGAGUUCUUGACCAGGCUCAGUCCCCCAGUAGCAGUCGCCGUUGCCACUGCCGUGGAAAUUGUCAAGGAGGAAGCGCUCACUUCAUUGGAAGAGCUUACUGAUCCAUCCCCUAACGAGAUCGGCACUGUCUGGCGCGAUGCCCUCAAGAUCCUGUCUGAAGAGAGUGGGCUCACUGAUGAGGAAUUGACUGAUGACACAAGUUUCGCCGACGUGGGCGUUGAUAGCCUCAUGAGUCUUGUGAUCACCAGUCGCCUACGGGAUGAAUUGGACAUCGACUUCCCCGACCGAGCAUUAUUCGAAGAAUGCCAGACUAUAUUUGACCUUCGCAAGAGGUUCUCUGGGUCAACGGAAAGCUUCGACUCGACGACGACCAAGCCCAGCGCUGGUGAUGCGACGCCACCUCUGACCGAUUCCAGCGCGUCAUCUCCGCCCUCCUCCGAGUUCGAUGGCGAGACGCCGAUGACUGAUCUGGACGAGGUGUUCGAUUCUCCCCCAGCGCAGAAGAGGAUACCAUCCCCGCCCAAAGGACGAAUCCCGCCUGCAUGGUCGAUGUAUUUGCAAGGCUCACAGAAGCGGUCGAAGGAGAUUCUUUUCUUGUUUCCAGACGGCGCUGGCGCCGCAACUUCAUACUUGUCUUUACCUCGUUUGGGUGAAGACAUUGGCGUAGUCGCCUUCAAUUCGCCUUUCAUGAAGACACCGCACAAGUUUGUUGAUCAUACCUUACCGGACGUCAUCGCGUCCUAUGUAGAAGGCAUUCGAGGCCGUCAAGCGCAAGGCCCGUAUCAUCUGGGCGGCUGGUCUGCUGGUGGUAUUCUGGCCUAUGCCGUUGCCCAAGAACUCAUCGCAGCUGGCGAGGAGGUUUCGACACUCCUCCUCAUCGACUCGCCUUCGCCAACCAAAGGCCUAGAUCGCCUUCCAACACGAUUCUUCGAUCACUGCACGAACGUCGGACUCUUUGGAACGGAGCUCUCCAGAGGCAGUGGGGGUCCCAACAAGACACCCGAAUGGCUGAUGCCUCACUUCAGAGCUAGUAUUGAGCUGCUACAUGACUACCACGCUCCUCCUAUGAAGCUUGGCAACAAAACGAAAGUCAUGGUGAUAUGGGCAGGUGAAUGUGCCUUUGAUGGCGUUCGCUAUGCUCACAUACCGCCCUCUGCAGGCGACACCGACGAAGACACCGAGGGUAUGAAGUUCUUGACGGAGAAGCGGAAAGAUUUUGGAGCCACAGAAUGGGCAAGUUUGUUCCCUGGCACUGAUGUUGAUGCGAGGGUUGUUGAGAGCGAGCACCAUUUCAGCAUGAUGCGUGAUUCUGGUGCACAGAUGCUUGUUGAGCAUAUGCGAGACGGAUUGGGGAUUGUCUCGUCGUGA